AUGCUUCCCGCGUUGCCCUCACCGCCGUGUAGCGACACGGGCGCCCCCGCCGUUCACCCUCCCAUCCCCACGGGCGCUGCACUCUUCGCGCCGACGUCGGUUUCCCGGUUUGCCCCACCGGCGGCCCCCGCGCUGGCGGUGGACGAGGUGGCGCUGGGCGCGCUGGAGGUGUGGAGUCUGGGCGUGCUGCUCUACUCGCUGCUUACCGGCCGGCACCCAUUCCUCGGGCGCUCCAACCACGACACGCUGCAACAAAUUCGCGCCGCCCGGGUGCGGUUCCCCCUCACCGUGCGUGCGAUCAUGCUGUCUGGCGACGCCAAGCGACUAAUCCGCGAAAUGCUUGUGAUAGACCCUGCUUCGCGACCCACGCUAAAGCAAGUGCUCGCACACUCGUGGCUUGCUUCCCCUCCCGUCCGAACCCGCACUCCCAACGUACCCGGCUUCCGCCCGCGAAAGCACCUCCGCGUAGCGCGAUCUUGCGGGCUGAUGUCGUGCAUACGGAGCGCGGCAUCUCGCCGUCUCACCGCGCCACGGCCACUCAGCAUGAACCAAGCAACUGCCGCCAUGCUCUCCGCCCGUUUUUAA